CGGGCGUCCCGCCUCCUGUGGAUGCUGCGGUGCUCUCUUGCUGCUCUCUGCUCCGCCUGGCCUAUGUGUUUACAUCUAUGAAAACGCCCCGCUCUUCUAAUAAAUGCGCCCGUCUGGCCCCCUAUCCUUCACCAGCCUAGUUCUUUUAUGCAUGCAAUCGAGCCCAGGGCCCGCUGCUGUCUGCCACUAGAUGCAUGCUGGCGCCCGCCCGGCUGGCGCUCGCGAGAUGCCCAAUAGCGCGAAUUGAUGGAUGGCGGAAGCUAGUUACUAAGCUGGACUCGGAGCCGCGGAGGUAGAACUAGAGAUCUGCACACCAUCCUGGCUCUGCAUCGCCGGGCGGGAUCUCAAGGCUUUGCCAGCCUGCUCACACCGACCCUCAUCAGCGACCACAUCAGUGCCAGCGGGGGAGUAUCCCCGUCCUCCCCCCUGUCUACCGAAGAACCGAGGCGGCCCGGUCCGCGUAGGGAGCGGUUUCCCGCCGGGGCGAUUUGGCAGGUGCGCGCCGUGACUUCCGGCGUUGCCCGGGAGCCGCCGGAGGAGGAGCGGCGCAGGGGAUGCGGCUGUGGCGGCGGCGGCGGCGGCCGAGCGCAGGAGGCGGCUGUGGCGGCGGCUGGGGGCGCGGGCCGGCGAUGGCGCGGCGGCGCUGAGGGCAAGGGUGGGCGGCGGCCGGAGGGCGGGCGGCGCGGGAGGAAGCUGCAGCGGCUCCAUGGCCCAGGCGUGCUGAGGGACACGGCUCUGGCUUCAGCCCGGCAGCGGCCGAACAAUGAAGCUCUUGAAGCCAACCUGGGUCAACCACAAUGGGAAGCCGAUUUUUUCAGUUGAUAUUCACCCUGAUGGGACCAAGUUUGCAACUGGAGGACAAGGGCAGGAUUCUGGGAAGGUUGUGAUCUGGAAUAUGUCUCCAGUCCUCCAGGAGGAUGACGAGAAGGAUGAAAAUAUUCCCAAGAUGCUUUGCCAGAUGGACAAUCACUUAGCAUGUGUGAACUGUGUGCGGUGGUCAAACAGUGGGAUGUAUUUAGCUUCUGGGGGAGAUGACAAACUGAUUAUGGUGUGGAAGCGGGCUACGUACAUUGGGCCCAGCACUGUGUUUGGUUCCAGUGGUAAGCUUGCCAAUGUGGAGCAAUGGCGGUGUGUCUCCAUCCUCCGGAGUCACUCAGGCGAUGUCAUGGAUGUAGCAUGGUCUCCCCAUGAUGCCUGGUUGGCCUCAUGCAGCGUGGAUAACACUGUCGUCAUUUGGAAUGCCGUGAAGUUCCCAGAAAUUCUUGCAACUCUGAGAGGUCAUUCUGGCUUAGUAAAAGGUUUGACUUGGGAUCCCGUUGGUAAAUAUAUUGCCUCUCAAGCUGAUGAUCGAAGUUUGAAGGUAUGGAGGACGCUGGACUGGCAGCUAGAGACUAGCAUCACCAAACCUUUUGAUGAGUGUGGAGGAACGACGCAUGUGCUCCGGCUUAGUUGGUCACCUGAUGGCCAUUACCUGGUAUCUGCCCAUGCCAUGAAUAAUUCUGGCCCCACUGCUCAGAUCAUCGAAAGAGAGGGCUGGAAGACCAACAUGGACUUUGUGGGUCACCGGAAAGCUGUGACUGUUGUGAAAUUCAACCCAAAAAUCUUCAAGAAGAAGCAGAAGAAUGGGAGUUCUACAAAGCCCAGCUGCCCAUACUGCUGCUGUGCUGUUGGCAGCAAGGACCGCUCACUCUCUGUCUGGCUCACAUGCUUGAAACGGCCUCUGGUUGUCAUCCAUGAACUGUUUGACAAGUCCAUCAUGGAUAUUUCCUGGACUCUGAAUGGGUUGGGUAUCCUGGUGUGCUCCAUGGACGGCUCUGUGGCGUUCCUUGAUUUCUCUCAGGAUGAACUCGGAGACCCCCUGAGUGAGGAGGAAAAGAGCCGAAUUCACCAGUCUACCUAUGGCAAGAGCCUGGCAAUAAUGACUGAGGCCCAGCUUUCCACAGCUGUUAUUGAGAACCCUGAGAUGCUCAAGUACCAGCGGAGACAGCAACAGCAGCAGCUGGACCAGAAGAAUGCCACGACUAGGGAGACAAGCUCAGCAUCCUCAGUCACGGGUGUGGUCAAUGGGGAAAGUCUAGAAGAUAUCAGAAAGAAUCUUUUGAAGAAACAAGUGGAAACUCGGACAGCAGAUGGUCGGAGGAGAAUCACGCCUCUUUGCAUAGCACAGCUGGACACUGGGGACUUCUCCACGGCAUUCUUCAACAGCAUCCCACUCUCCAGCUCCCUAGCAGGCACCAUGCUCUCCUCUCCUAGUGGUCAGCAGCUACUACCACUGGACUCCAGUACCCCCUCCUUCGGCGCCUCAAAGCCUUGCACAGAACCAGUGGCAGCCACCAGUGCCAGGCCUACAGGCGAAUCUGUCAGUAAGGACAGUAUGAAUGCUACCUCUACUCCUGCUGCAUCGUCACCCUCUGUGUUAACAACCCCAUCCAAGAUUGAACCCAUGAAAGCAUUUGAUUCCCGGUUCACAGAACGGUCCAAAGCCACACCAGGUGCUCCUUCCUUGACCAGUGUGAUUCCAACAGCUGUUGAAAGGUUGAAAGAGCAGAACCUCGUCAAGGAGCUGCGGUCCCGGGAACUGGAGAGCAGCAGUGACAGCGACGAGAAGGUCCACCUAACCAAGCCCUCUUCACUGUCCAAGCGCAAACUUGAGCUUGAGGUAGAGACGGUGGAAAAGAAGAAGAAAGGUCGCCCUAGGAAGGAUUCACGUCUUUUACCCAUGUCUCUGUCCGUCCAGUCUCCAGCUGCCCUGUCUACAGAGAAGGAGGCCAUGUGUCUGUCUGCACCAGCACUUGCCCUGAAGCUGCCAAUUCCAGGCCCACAGAGAGCGUUCACCCUCCAGGUGAGCUCUGACCCCUCCAUGUACAUUGAGGUGGAGAAUGAAGUGACCACUGUUGGGGGGAUAAGGCUGAGUCGCCUGAAGUGCAACCGUGAAGGGAAGGAGUGGGAGACAGUGCUCAGCAGCCGCGUCCUCACUGCUGCCGGCAGCUGUGAUGUGGUAUGUGUUGCCUGUGAAAAGAGGAUGCUGUCGGUGUUCUCUACCUGUGGUCGCCGUCUCCUCCCUCCCAUCCUCCUUCCAUCUCCAAUCUCUACUUUGCACUGCACGGGCCCCUACGUCAUGGCACUCACCGCUGCAGCCACACUGUCUGUCUGGGAUGUUCACAGACAAGUGGUUGUGGUGAAAGAAGAAUCUCUACACUCCAUCUUGUCAGGAAGUGAUAUGACGGUGUCACAGAUCUUGCUAACACAGCAUGGAAUUCCAGUGAUGAAUUUGUCUGAUGGGAAAGCAUACUGCUUUAAUCCAUCCCUCUCCACAUGGAACCUGGUUUCUGACAAGCAAGAUUCAUUGGCCCAGUGUGCAGACUUCAGGAACAGCCUGCCGUCCCAGGAUGCCAUGCUUUGUUCAGGACCGUUAGCCAUAAUUCAGGGCCGCACCUCCAACUCUGGAAGGCAAGCUGCCCGGCUCUUCUCCGUGCCUCAUGUGGUACAGCAGGAGACCACACUGGCCUACCUAGAGAACCAGGUUGCUGCGGCACUUACCCUGCAGUCAAGCCACGAGUAUCGUCACUGGCUCCUCCUUUAUGCUCGGUACCUUGUGAAUGAAGGGUUUGAAUACCGCCUCCGUGAAAUAUGCAAGGACUUGCUGGGUCCCGUUCACUGCUCCACUGGAAGUCAGUGGGAGUCAACAGUAGUGGUAGGUGCUUUUUUCAUUCUUGCUAUGAGAAUUAUAUCACAAUCAUGA